UGAUGCCGGUGCCAGGGGCGGUGCCGGCGUUCGGGGCGAGCAUCGCCCGCCCCUGCGCAGCCAUGAGGCUGUGCCGGCCCUUUGUUCCCGGGGGUCCGCGGCCGCCCCUCCCGACGGCCGGGGCGGCCUGAGCCCGCCGGGAGGGAGGAGGAGCUGUUCCCACCAGGAUGCGAUGGGGAACUGCUGGGCGCAGUGGUGCUGCGGGCUGUUCUUCCGGAGGGAUCCCGGCCGGAUCCAGCGCGGCGGAGGAUCCAAGUAUUUUAGAACAUGUUCAACAGGAGAACACUUCACUAUAGAGUUUGAGAACCUGGUGGAAAGUGAUGAGGGGGAAAGCCCAGGAAGCAGUCACAGACCUCUGACUGAAGAAGAAAUUGCAGACCUGAAAGACAGACACUACGACUCCAUUGCUGAAAAGCAGAGGGUCGUUGAUCUGAAGCUUCAGUCAGAGUUAGCCUUACAAGAGGAGAAGUUAAGACUAGAAGAGGAGGCUUUAUAUGCUGCACAACGUGAAGCAGCCAGGGCAGCAAAGCAGAAAAAGCUCUUGGAGCAACGUAGGCAGCACAGGAUAACGCAGAGAGCACACGCUGUUAAUAAUGGAGAGUUCCAGAGCUCUGUGGCAGAGGAAGAUCUCGAUCCUUUCCUAAGGAAUACAAAAUUCCAGUAUGAAGCUUUCCGAAGUAGCAGACUUUCAUCUGAUGCCACAGUACUGACGCCCAACACGGAGAGCAGUUGUGACUUGAUGACCAAAACCAAAUCAGUGAGUGGGAACGACGACAGCACCUCCUUAGAUUUAGAGUGGGAAGAUGAAGAAGGCAUGAACAGGAUGAUCCCAAUGAGGGAGCGCUCCAAGACGGAGGAGGACAUCCUCCGGGCAGCGCUGAAAUUCAACAGCAGGAAGACAGGGAGCCACCCAGCCUCGGCCUCUGACGAUUCCAACGGGCUCGAGUGGGAGAAUGACUUUGUCAGCGCCGAGGUGGAUGAUAACGGCAAUUCCGAGUACGCCGGCUUCGUCAAUCCCGUGCUGGAGCUGUCGGCCUCGGAUGUGAGGCUGUCGGAUUGCGACCACCAGGACAGAUAGUGACGCUAUCUGCACGGCCCCUGCUUGUGACCAAAUGCUGGAAAGGGAAAUGGAAUGUACAAAGCCAAUUUGCUCUUUUGUAACCCGCUUCCCUUCUUCUUCUACACGGAUCGGCAAGGAAUGGGAAUGGCUUGCUGUCCGAAGGAAUUCAGAACUAAGUGCAAUUUUAUCAGCUACCUUCUCCACUUUUGUGAAAACUGGGAUGAUUCUAUUGUGUAUAUUUCUGGAUAUCUGGAUUUAAUAUAAAAUUAUCUGCACUAAUUGAAGCUUCGUAGCUUGACUUAUCUAAGAUAUUUUAACUCGCCUUUUCUUCUGGAUGAUGUUUCUAUUGAUUUUGUUUUAAAAUUCGUCAUUGGCCUAAUAUUUAUCUCAGAAACAGUCUUCUAUAAUUUAUUUAAUACCUGAAUAUAGGAAAAGAAUUAUAAAAUAUUUUUAUUUCCAGUCUGUGCUUUUUGACUUGCUCUUCAGCUGUUUAGAGGGUGCAAAAGUAAGAGCUGCAAAACAAAUUUGACACAUGGUAAAUUGCAGAUUUUCCCCUGUCUAGCUUAAAGUCUUCCUAGCCUUGUGUUGUCCUUUUUCCAUUUACUUUAUUUUUUUAAUUACUUUAUGCUAAGCACGGUUAACCUCAAUGAACAUAGUAAAACUCAUCAGGUUAGGUGAGAUACUGUCUUGUAUAAUAUGCCAGACUUAGUAAGUGUGUGCUAGAUAGAAAAACAAAAAUAAAAUAAAAUAGAUUCUCUGUGUGUCAAUAAAAUGGAAAUUUUAACCAGUGGAGAACUGGGAGGACCAAAGUCUUGUAUUCCCAGCCCCCCUGAACAGACCAACAUCUGUUGCUACGUGGUCCUUAAAAUUCUUCAGUUGUGGAAAAUUUAUCAUUCCACUGGACCAGAACAGUUACAGGAAAGCAACAUCCAGUGAGCAAACUGGGGGAGGGAUGAUGGCUCUGCUGCUGGGGUGGGAAGAACAAGAACCUAAAGAAUUUCUGUAUCUGCAUUUUGAAAAGAAAGAAGAAAAAUUCAUGUUUUAACUGUGUUUAAGUGCUCUGUCUUUCCUGUGCCUCUAAAGUGGAUGGUUAAUCCUGCUAAUACGGGCUGAAAUCCAAGGAGGUGUUCAGUGACUGCACCACUGCUGUCCUGUGCUGUGUGGUCUCCCCCAGUAUUCCAUAUAAAUCUUAAUUUUUAACAAAAGAGAACCUGCAAAAUACUUGCAGAUCUCAAGCUUUCCCCAAAGUUUCAAAGUAAAGCCAUUCUAUUCUGCCACUAUUUUGUGUGGCUGUCUCGUUUUUCUGCGGAAAAAAGUACAACGGGGUUUAAUUUUAUUUUGGAGUAAAAGGAACAAGUUGUGAUAAGUGAUGAACCUGUGCUGUCAUCACCAGAACCGAAUUUGUUGGUGAAAGCUGUGUCGCUGGUUCAGAUCAUCUGAAACUAUUCGGAAUAUUUGGGUUAUUACAGUGUGGGUAAGGAACAAAAGUACUGCACACUGGGAUUAAAUACGUACAAGUAACCUGAGAGAACGGAUAAAUCCUGUUGGUAACAUUCCAUCUCUUAAUUUCAAUUGUAGCUCUGUCACUGAAAAUAUUUCAAUGCCAUUAUUUAUGUUUGCAAUACUUGUAAUGAGCUUUAAAGAUCUGUACACAUCAAAUGUAUAUUUUGGGUUUGGCCUAAGCUACUGCUCUGUGACUUCUCCCGGACACUUCUUUGUAGAAUAUAUUCCUAUGGCAAGGAAGGCAACUUCCUCACCAUGUAAAUAACAUGUUUUUUACCUGCUGAGACUGUCACCUCCCCUGCACUGGUCACUGCUUUUCCUGGCCAGUGAACAUGAGGUGACCUUGUCCUGACCAUGCCUUGAGGAAGUCAAUGCGCUGAUAGUCCUGCCCUUAGGAUGAACAAGCACUUAGGAAAAAGGAGGCUGACUUCAGCUUUUUCUGUGAUGGGCAUGUUCUGUAGCCAUGGUUAAUAAUAUCAUUUGCAGCACUCAGUGCACCACGCCGAGUGACUUUGAAGUGGUGCUCCAUAUUUGUGGAUAUUUUGAGAAAUCGAGAGAUUCUAUAAACAGCUCAUGUGAAACAAUUCAAGAGUACUGUAAAAUGCAUAUCUGUACAAAUUGAAAAGUCAUUAAAAUUUUCAGCAAGUCUUA